AUGGUGGUUACAGAAACAGAAAGGAGAAAAAAGAAGACGAAAGGAGACAGAAAAGAGACAAGAGAAGGAGACAGCUCUCCUCCUGAAAACAUGUCUCUCUUCUCUUCUGUCCCCGUCGCCCCCCCUGAUCCUAUCUUAGGCACCGCGCUGGCCUUUAAGGCUGACCCCAGCCCUCAGAAGAUUAAUUUGGGUAUAGGUGCAUAUAGGACAGAUGAAGGGAAGCCUUAUGUCUUCUCGGUUGUGCGGAAGGCUGAGGCGGAGAUACUUAAGGAUGAGAGUCUGGACAAGGAGUACCUCCCGAUAGACGGCCUCCCAGAACUAAAACAGACCGUGUUUCUCAGCAACCCCACCUGGUCCAACCACCACAAUGUCUUUGGCCCAGGAUCGGGUCUCACCAUACGAGAAUAUCCUUACUGGGAUGAGGCUACGAAGGGGGUGGACUUCGAUGGGCUGAUAAAGGCACUUAAGGAGGCUCCUCCCAAGUCGGUUGUUGUGUUGCAUGCAUGCGCACACAACCCCACAGCACAAGGCUGCCUGUAUAUUGUACAUUUGUGCCCUGAACCCUAA